CUUUUAGCCAUGGCGGGAAUUUUCAUUUUUCUUUUUCUUACUCUAUUCUCAAAGGUUAUGAAAUUAGGUAGCCGCCAUGCGCCAGCAGUAGAAUCUAACGGUCCCAGGCAUAGCUACCUGCAACAAAAGUCAAAUUCACACCCUGAAACCCUAAAUACCGUAAAAAUUCAAGCUUAUGAAUAAAAGAUAAUAGCAGUUGAAAACACAAUCUUAAUUCUUAUAGUGACUUGGUCAAUUCAAGUUUCAACUACCCAGUACUCACAUCAAAUCAAUUAAUAUCUAAUUCUUUUCAUAAGAUGGUGGAAAGUGGGAAGUUGGAAAUUUUAAUGAAUUUCAAUGAUUUUUCUCAAGCUUUAAUCUUUCAUUGGUUAAUUCCUUCAUUCUUUUGUGGGAUUUCCUUUCACCAUCAUUUUCAUGUAAUACACACACUUAACCUACUUUCUUCGACUGUUUCAAAGGUGGGUUUAAAUUUUGAUGUUAUCUGUGUGUUUCUCAUUCACCAUUUGAAGGGAAGAUAUGAAGUGGGUAACUCAAGAAUUUUGCUGUUUCAAGAGGAUUCAGAUUCAUAUUCAGAUUCUGAUGGUGUUUUUGGUGAUCAUUUGUGGGUUUCUGUUUGUUAGAGCUGGAGCUCAAAUUACUGACCCAGAUGAAGUCAACGCAUUGAGAGCAAUUAAAAGAAAUUUAGUCGACCCGAUGAAGAAUUUGAGCAAUUGGGACAGCGGAGAUCCUUGCAUGUCCAAUUGGACAGGCAUUGUGUGUUACAACAGCACAUUGAAAGAUGGUUAUUUGCAUGUACUGGAACUGAAACUCCUCCGUUUGAACCUAUCUGGAUCAUUAUCACCAGAACUUGGCAGCUUAUCGUACCUGAAAAUACUGGACUUCAUGUGGAACAAAAUAAGCAGGAGCAUACCCAAGGAGAUAGGAAACAUCAAAACUUUGGAACUCUUGCUCUUGAAUGGAAAUCAGCUGACAGGUCCCUUGCCAGAAGAGCUUGGCUAUCUUCCAAAUCUUGAUCGUAUCCAAAUUGAUCAAAACCAAAUAUCAGGGGAGCUACCAAAAUCGUUUGCCAACUUGAAUAAAACAAAGCACUUCCAUAUGAACAACAAUUCUAUUAGUGGCCAAAUCCCUCAUGAAUUAUCAAGGCUGCCCAAACUUGUUCACUUCUUGCUUGACAAUAACAACCUUUCAGGACAUCUUCCUCCGGAGUUUUCUGAACUGCCCAAUUUGCUGAUCAUGCAACUGGACAACAAUCACUUUGACGGGACUACUAUUCCUGCAAGCUAUGGCAACAUGCCGAAGUUGUUGAAAUUGAGUUUGAGGAACUGCGGGUUACAAGGACCAAUUCCUGACUUGAGCAAAAUACCACAACUUAGUUAUAUAGACCUCAGUUCAAAUCAGUUGAAUGGCACAAUACCAACUAACAAGCUUUCAGAUAAUAUGACCACUAUCAUAUUAUCGGACAACAAACUUUCUGGAACUGUGCCCGUCAAUUUUUCGAAGCUUCCUUACAUUGAGAAACUGUCGUUUGCCAAUAAUGAACUGAGUGGAUCCCUUCCUUCCUCCAUUUGGCGAAAUAGAGUUUUAACUGGAGUUCAUAAACUUGUAUUGGAUUUCCGAAACAAUAAGCUGUCAAACAUUUCCGGGAUUGCCAACACUCCGCCGAAUGUUACCCUUCUGCUUCAAGAGAAUCCUUUGUGCUCAAGGACAGAUUUCAGCCAGUUCUGUAAUUUAAAAGGAGAAAACGACACCGAGAGCUUCAAAACUUAUAAUUAUUCCUUUUCUUGUCCUAGCGAUGCAUGUCCAACAGACUAUGAGUACCCUUCUACUUACCCAGUUCCUUGCUUCUGUGCUGCACCUUUAAUUGUUGAAUAUCGUUUAAAAAGUCCCGGAUUUACCCGCUUUGAUGCUUACCAGAAUGGGUUUCAGGAGUACCUAUCUUCUGGUCUUAGGUUACUUUCCUAUCAGUUAGACCUUCAGUCAUUCAUUUGGCAAGAGGGCCCUCGGCUGAAAUUGGAUUUCAAACUUUUUCCUGCUUACAAUGCCACCAAUAAAACUCAUAUUUUCAAUUCGACCGAAGUUCAGCGUAUCUUGGGCAUGUUUACUGGAUGGCAGGUUCCUGAUAAUGAUACUUUUGGACCGUAUGAACUGCUUGGCUACACGCUACUCGAUCCUUAUAAGUCAGAAUUCAUUGUACCAUCAAAGUCUGUCACCUUAAGCACUGGAGCAGUGGUUGGUAUAGUACUCGGGACGUUAGCUUUUGCAGUUACCUUAUCAGCAAUUGUGGCAUUUUAUAUUUAUCGCCGAUAUGCAAGAAAAUACCAUGCUGGUCCAAGCCGUCGAGCAGUGUCGAGAAACCCCGUCAAAAUUGAUGGAGUAAAGGGAUUUAGUUAUGAGGAUAUGGCCGUUGCUACCAACAACUUUUCUGACUCCCAAAUAGUAGGGCAAGGCGGAUAUGGAAAGGUCUAUAAAGGUAUUCUUGGUGAUGGCACUGUCGUUGCUAUUAAACGUGCCCAAGAAGGAUCAUUACAAGGCGACAAGGAGUUUUUUACGGAAAUAGAGUUACUAUCAAGGCUACAUCAUCGGAAUCUCGUUUCUUUGGUAGGCUAUUGUGAUGAAGAAGGUGAACAGAUGCUGGUUUAUGAAUUCAUGCCAAACGGAACUCUAAGAGAACAUAUUUCGGCUAAGACCAAAAAACCUUUGAAUUUCUCUACAAGAUUAAGAAUCGCUCUAAAUUCUGCUAAGGGGCUCCUCUACCUGCAUACUGAAGCUGAUCCUCCUAUAAUUCACCGGGAUAUAAAGGCCACAAAUAUCUUAUUAGACUCAAAAAAUAUGGCCAAGGUUGCUGAUUUCGGACUGUCACGGCUCGCACCAGUUCCAGACAUUGAAGGACUUACCCCAACGCAUGUGUCUACAGUUGUGAAGGGGACGCCGGGGUAUCUUGAUCCAGAAUACUUCUUAACCAAUAAGCUCACAGAUAAAAGUGAUGUUUAUAGCCUUGGAGUUGUCUUUCUAGAGCUUUUGACAGGAAUGCAUCCAAUUUCCCAUGGCAAGAAUAUCGUUCGAGAGGUAACUGUGGCACAUCAGUCUGGUACUAUAUUUUCUGUGAUUGAUGAACGAAUGGGAGCUUAUCCUUCAGAAUGCGUAGAGAAAUUUGUGAACCUUGCACUUAGAUGUUGUCAAGACGAGACAGAUGCAAGACCUAGGAUGAUGGAUAUUGUCCGAGAACUAGAAAAUAUUGCAAGUUUAAUGCCUGAUUCGGAGACGAUAUCAGAAUCUUCAACAAGUUUAAACUCAGGCAACAUCACUUCGCCAAGUUACUCGUAUGCUGUAAAAAACCCGUACGUCUCCUCUGAUAUCUCCGGUAGCAACCUUGUUAGCGGAGCUGUUCCCGAGAUAGCUCCUAGAUAAAAUGAUUGUGAUGAGCAUAUUUCCGAUGCUUCUGUAUAGAGGGAUAUUAAAUAGAACUCCUACGAGAUAACGAGAAUGUUUCUAAUCAGUCAAACGUUGUGGAAUGUUUAGAUGUCUGAUUUUUUAUGGUAUCUAUAAGAGUUACUGUACAAAAACAAGACUGCAUUGCAUCAGCUACGUUGUUAAGGUUUUUAAAAGAACCAAACAAAUAUUCCCAAGUUGUAAAGGUAUAAAAACCGCAUUUGAGUCGAUUCAAGAGA